UUUAGAAUAGUUACCUCUAUGAAUACAUACAUACAUUUACCAGAUACAAAAAAUGGUUCUGUCCUCGCUGCAAAGAACGAUAUUGGAAAUUGGCCGCAUAUCAACAGCAUUGUGUAUACUCGCCGAUGCAUGGUGGUGGAUGUGGUCCCAUGAAGUACGUGAAGCCUACUUUAAAGAAUUGGGAUUGCCAACUAAAUUAGUCUACUUGGUAGCGAUUGUCUAUGCAUAUUUCGGUACAAGAAUUCUACUGAAUUAUCGAACACAGGCAUCUUGUACCGGUAUGAUCAUCACCUACGGUUUGUUAACAUUCGUUGUACAUCACCCAGUCGGAGAAGGGGGAAUAGGAGAAUACCCCAGGCACAUUAACCGUGACGUCAAUCUUGUGAAUAUCUUGAAGUACGCUGCAGUGAUCGGAGGAGUGUUCCAGUUAUCCGGCAUGGGGGAUUUUCAAGACAGAGGAGGUACCAUUAUGGAAGGAACUCAAUCCUAUGCAAUUGUGCUUGGACGGGCAAUAAUUGGAAUCCACUAUACGCUUGAGAGUUUUUGGUUCCGGCUUUACCAUCACGAGCUUCGGACAACACAAAUCAAACUGAUGGGGGGUGAUCCUAUAACCCACGUAUGGAUAGUGGGCGCUAUAUACUUUUUUGGGGGCUUAAAUUUAUUGUUAGGAGACGCCACAAGGAGGCGUAUUGCAGCGUUGCUAUUGACAAUAGUUACGUCAAUAUUGACAGUGAUGGAAGGGUCGACUGUCGCUACGUCAUUAGGAAUUUAUCAUAUGACGUCAAAAGCGAGGUUUCAUCACGUUAUUGUCAACGUUCAAAUUAUUAUUGGAUGUGUAAUGGCUCUAACCCUAGGCGGACACGAAGUAAUAGGGUAUCAGAAUAAAAAAGACUAAAAUAAAGACUUCAAGUCCAAGGAGUAUUCAUCAGGGCCGUGUAUUUGGAAAGCGAUCCUGUCUCCGGAUACAUAAAACAUUGACUCCUGGACCCUCUUCAAUUUAGCUUAUGAUUUAAGAUAUUAUACAUUGCGGAACAAAUGGUUGGUUAGAUUACUAUGGCUACAACUGUUUUUUCAAGCGACCCAAUUAUAAAAAAAAAAUAAAAUCUUGCGACCCGUGGCUAUGCUCUCACAUACUAAACGUUAUGUAGGGCUUUGAUGGCUGCAAAAUUGAAUCAAUCUGCGCUUGUUUGCAAUUCGCUAGUUCUUGAAAUCGUUUUUAUGCUGUGAUACCUACCACAAAUGCAAUUACUAUUCAGCAACACUUCAAUAUAAAAUUACAAUAAAAUUAACCAGAAAAUGAAAAAUUAGCAAUUUUUAAGUUUUGUCGAAAAACAAGCGACCCAAUAUGAUCUUCAGGUCGACCAAGUGUUGUGUCACGACCCAUAGGUUGAAAAACACUGAGUUUGAAUAAACCUAUGAAGCGUAAUUUAUGCUAUAUAAGUCCCGAAAUUUUGUGUAUCACAUUAUCUAUAGAGCUAGGAGAUAUGAUUUUUCCACCCGCGUACAUUCUAAAACAAAUUAGGGCCAGGAAUCCGGUUUUUAUGUUUAUCUCAGGAUUCUGAAAAUAGCUACAAAAUUUUUUUAAAAGUUGUUUCAAAAAUUUUUGAAGCCUGAAUGACCUAUUCUAAACUUCGAACCCCGCUAAUUUUUUGUGUCCGGGAACGGUGAUUGGUCAAAUUAAACGAACAAACCUUCCACCGCUUUUCAAAAAUAGUGUUUAUUGAUAAUAGCACAGUAAUCGUAAUGUUCGAAAGCCUUGGUCGGUUUCUAGCUAAUUACUGAACAAAUAAAGUCACUUUAACUCGAGCUGAAGUUGUUCUGGACAUUUGGAAUAGCAGAGACUUCCAAAUUUAUGAUUUUAUGUUAUAAUGAGCAUAGUACAUGCGUUAUCUAUAAUUAUGCAAAAUGUAAUGUUCCAACCGUCAAUAUAA